UAGUAGCUGGAAACGUAAUGUGACGUCACUUCCGUGACUGCUGGUAACCUAGCGUCUAGUAACCUAGCAGUGAGUGGAGCUGUGAAUCCGCUGCUUUUCCUACAUGAUUACAAUUCCCAGAGAUGACUCCCAUACCCUCAGUUUCCUGUUCUAUAGCAGAUGGGCAGGAUCUGUGUUACGGAAUGGAUGGUCACCUGAAAGCGGUCAAUGAAUGGUUCUGCGACAUGUUCCUCAUCAGGGACAUAGUAGAGAGCAGCAAAGAACUUCUGCACACUAAGAUGGAUGUAGCAGGUCCGGGUCUCAGUGUCCUUAUGGAUGAUGUUCUCAUUCAGAUACAAAGACUCCAGCUCCGACACAGAGAGUCCACGUCUACCAAGAGCUGAUUCCUCAGAAUUAGAACAGAACAGAAUCCUUCUGCACCAGACCCCUCCAUUGGCCAAAGCACACAGCUUCUCUUACAUGUGCUUACAGCCUGGGCAGAGUCCAUUCCAAGGUGCAGUUCCAUCAAGAUCAUAGCCCAUUUUGAGUCUUGACGAUGGACAAGGACAGGGGUCGCAUUACUAGAAGGAUAUUAAAUCUCACUCUGGAAAUCGUUUACCUUCUGACUGGGGAGGAAUACAUUGUUGUCAAGAAAUCAUCAGGUGAGCACGUGACACCCAGUAGUAGCCGCCGUGGAUCAGGAGGACUGAGCAGGACCCAGAGCCCCAUCACUGUGCUUCCACCUUACUCAUACAUACAUGGGAGAGACAAUGAGCAGAAGAUCCUGGAACUCACCAACAAGAUCAUUCAGCUGCUGACUGGAGAGGGAGAAGACUUACUUGAUAUUAAAAUUGAAGUUAUAGAGGAAGAAGAGGAGACGUGUGUGUGGGGCAGUGACCAGCAGUGUAAGGAGGAGGAGAAAAUCCCUUCAAAUAUCAGCACAGAUGGAUCCAGUAUCAGAAAUACCCCAGAGAGAUGCUCCAGUCCCCAGUACUCACAGGAUCCUACAGAGGAAGAUCACAGUACCACACAUGCUAAUGAGGAUGAUAAAUUAAGAGAUGUGAGUACUAACACAUGCAAGAUUGAUUCUGAAGAAGAGACGUAUAUGAUGGGCGAGCAGCAGUGUAAGGAGGAGGAGGAGGAUACCCCUGCACUUAUCAGCACAGCAGAGAAACGGAACAGCAGAAAAUCAGCCGAGGGACAUUUAACUUUAUCUCUAGUUUGCGACAUGGACGAUGAUGAUGACGAUGACAUCACAAAAGAUUCUCUAGGAGAAAACUCCAUUGCCCCAAAUACACAAAGUGCAGAUAAUUCAUCUGACCAAUCAAGACGUGGGGAAGAUUUUCCUGAAAAUGCAGAUAAUACACUUCACAGAGGUGAUGAAAUGUUUCCAUAUGCUGAAGGCGACGCGUUUUGCAUCCCAGCUAUUUUGCCACAGGAAAUCAACCCUGGUGAGAAGCCGUUUUCCUGUUCUGUAUGCGGGAAAGGUUUUACCAAAAAGUCCUCGCUUGUAAGACAUCAGAUCGUUCACAUUGGCGAGAAGCCAUUUUCCUGCUUUGAUUGCAGGAAAUGUUUUGCACGUAAAUCAACUCUUGUUGAGCACCAGAAAAUCCACACCAGCGAGAAGCCCUUCUCAUGCUCGGACUGCGGAAAAUGUUUUACCAGGAAAGCAAACCUUUUAGACCAUCAGAGAAUUCACACAGGUGAAAGUUCCUUUUCCUGUUCCGACUGCGGGAAAUCUUUUACAAACAAAACCGUCCUUGUGAGACACCAAAGAAGCCACACGGGGGAGAAGCCGUUUUCCUGCUCUGAGUGCGGGAAGUGUUUUGGACACAAAUCCGUUCUCCUUAAACAUCAGAUCGUUCACACGGGAGAGAAGCCAUUUCCAUGUUCCGAGUGCGGGAAAUGUUUUACACAGAAAGGAAAUCUUAUUGAGCACCAGAAAAUCCACACAGGCGAAAAGCCAUUUUCAUGCUCACAGUGUGGAAAAUGUUUUGCAAACAAAGCUGUUCUCAUCAGACAUCAGAUGACCCAUUCCGGCGAGAAGCCAUUUUCCUGCAAGGAUUGUGGGAAAUAUUUUACCCAGAAGGCAAAUCUAGUUAAACAUCAGAAAUCUCACACCGGUGAGAAGCCAUAACAAUUAUAUUGUAAAGAACAAGUGCAUUUUAGUAUAUGUCAUUUUUGCUCAGUGUAAAUACUAACUCCUGACCGAAUCUACGAUUCAUUCUGAGCCUAGAAUGACAUGCCUGGAUUUUAACCAUUCGGUGGCUACAGGAAGUGUCCGCUCAUUUUAAAGGCUGUUUCCUCUUUCUUGACUGCAUGUCAAUCGGUACCAUCCUCAGUGUCUAGAAGUUUCAGCAGUGAUCAUUCGCUAUUGGGUUGUUAUUUAUCAUGUGAUAUGCCUGGGGGGGGUGUUAAAUUCCAUUCAAAGUGCUCAGUAAUACAAUUAGACUUCGUGUGACGUCAAUAUAUUAGGAUACAUUUGAGGUACCUACAGAACAUUUAAAACCAUACAGCUAAUUCUAGGUGCACAAUAACUUAAAUUGAAGAUGCUGGGCUUGGAUAGUCUAUGAAAUAACUGGAAGCUGAUUGUGGUUUUUAAUCAUGUAUAUGACUGAAGAACUUUUUAACAUCAUGGGGCAUAUAUAAUAGGGGGGCAGAUGUAUCAAGCCUGGAGAAGUGAUAAAGCAGUGAUAAGUGCAAGGUGAUAAUAAUGCACCAGCCAAUCGGCUCCAAUAUGUACAUUUACAGUUAGGAGCUGAUUGGCUGCUGCAUUAUCACCUUGCGCUUAUCACAGCUUUAUCACUUCUUUAUGCUUUCUCUAGGCUUAAUACAUCUGCCCCAGUGUACAGGAUACCAUCCGAUCUCAGGUUUUUUUAAAAAGCGGCACUCAUUUACGUGUGUGGUAUGUUAGAUAGAAUAGAGUUAGGUUGACAGUGUCUAGGUUGACCACUAUUGGUCGACAUGGGUUCUAGGUCGACAUGAAAAAAGUCGACAUGAUUUUUUUAAAGUUGUUUUUUUUGUGUCGUUUUCUUUGUACAGUGACCGGGAACCCGAAUUAGUGCACCGUGUCCCCUCGCAUGGCUCGCUUCGCUCACCAUGCUUGCGUUCCCAAUUGUAGUCCAUAUGAUUCGUAAAGUAUGAAAAAGUUUUAAAAAUGGGAAAAAAAGUGAAAAGGUCAUGUCGACUUUUUUUUCAUGACGACCUAGAGUCCCUGUCGACCUACUUACUGUCGACCAAUAGUGGUCGACCUAGACAGUGAUGACCUACUUACUGUCGACCUAACGACCGGAUACCCUCAUUUACAAGGCAUGGUUAUGCCUUGUAAAUGAUUGCUGCUUUAAAAAACCCCUCAGAGAUCAGACGGCAUUCCACUCCUCUGGCAAACUUGGACACUAUUACAUAUGCCCCCAGAUGUUUUUUUACUUGGGUUUUUAACAUUACUUGCGCAUUGCUGUGCUCUCAGAUCAGUGUUUUUCCUGGGGCGACUCGGGGGUGAGCAGUGCUGCGACCAGUUUUUUAAAUAUCAUUUUUAAAUCUUAUAACUACCAUAAACCAGAGGAAAUUGGUUAAGUAAUUUCUUAAAAUGAAUAGAAUAAGUGUCUGAAGACGUAUCCGCAGUCUUAUAUCAGCUUGUACAUUUAGAGGAGUGUCCACAGCGAUCUUACUGGCAGUCGGCUUCUCACCAUCAUUUGCUAUUACGGUCAGACAGGAUUACUUCCUAUUUACUGCAUUCCACUUAUUGGGCCCUAUUGACAGCUGGAAGCAGUGCUGACGUCGGACUAUGUUGAGCGAUUUUUGCUAAUGUGCUUGUGCCUAAUGGCUGGUACACACUGGAACAAUCUCAGACCUAUAUGUUGUUUACGGCCAAAUCCAGGACCAGUCCAACUGGACAGGGGCUAACUUGGACUCGCCAAAAAAAGUCUGCGUUUUUGUAGCCAUCCCCCCACCCUUUACUUUGUGAAUAAAACCUCACUACGCCCGCCAUCACUUAUCACUCUGUGUGGCUGUAACACAUGCACGAUGGCAAAACAAUGUUCCACUACGUCCGACAUCUGUGAAUCAGGCCCAGAGUUACAGUUUCUGUGUCAGACGUACGCUGGGAGAAGCGUAUUGAGAAUGUAGCAGGCGCUCCUGGGCAGUGAAAGGGAGGUGUCUUAGGGCACACACACAGAUCCGUUAUCCAGGGAGGAGGAGGAAGUGGCAGACAACAGACCAAUGGAGCACUAUGGAUUAUUCAGUACACAACAUGAUAUCCCUAAAGACAAAUCCAUUCCACCUCUUACACAGAAUGCCCCUGUUGUAGCUACAGUUAGUUAUAGGGAACAUAACGCUCAAACAUAAAGCAUUUGUCUUACCCCUGACGCAGGUACUGUAUAUCUUUUAUCCCAAUUCAUUUAAGCAAAACCAUGUCAUUGUACACUGCUAAUGUAAUGAAUACAUUGUGUGAAUAAGGUACUGUUUACCCAUGUGAGAUAUUUAUCCGUAAAUAUUGGACGCUAUUGAUA